AUCUUCUUACAGCAGAUCAUUCCAAUUUUAGACAUAAUUGUAUCUGGAAUGGCCUUGUAUGAGCUCUUGCAGGGAAAAAUGUAAACUUGUAGCGGUGAUCUGAGGUAACGCAGAGCUCAAGUAGCCCUCAUGAACGCUGUUUUCAGGACGAUAUCGUCAAUUAAUGUAAGAUAUUCAAGUAUCCAUCUACAUAAUCGAUGCUGGCGCGGGUCAUCAACCACACGGAACCUGCACUGCAGAGCUGCAGAUGUGCAGCAGGUGUCAAGCAGCACGGCAGAGGAAGAGUUUGCUUGGGGGGAGGAACCUCAACAGCUUCUGCUAACAGACAACUUCCUUCCGACAGCUACGGCUCUGAGAGAACACUUCGAAUCCAGGUUUGAGAAUCCCUUGAAGACAACAAGCGAUCGCUUUGUGUGGGAUUACUGGCAUGUGCCUGACCAGUACACGCUGCUGCGCACGCCUGCAGACCACUUCUUCCCUGAAGACACCUACAGGGAGCUGGAGGAUGCUCUGCUGGAGUAUGGGGAGCAGCAGCUGGGGUGCAGGGGCAUCUCCCCAAUCUGGCUCUCCUACUACGUCCACGGCUGCCGCCAGGAGCUGCAUGCUGACAGCCCUCACGGGCCAUGGGCGUUUGUGCUAUCGCUGACGCAGUGGGAGGGGCGCAGCUUCAGCGGCGGGGAGACAAUGAUCUUCCAGCCGCACAUGCUCGACUUCUGGUCAUCCUUCGACCCUGCAAGGGGCUUUGAAGUCAAGGACAUGGUGACAUUGGUGGAACCGCAUUUCAAUCGGCUGACGGUGUUUGACGGGCGCUACCCCCACGGCGUGCGGCCAGUGGAGGGAACGCGCGACCCCCUACGCGCGCGCCUCGUCCUGCACGGCUGGUUUACCGAGCCGUCGCCCUUUUUCGAUGGCCCUUUGGACGAGGAGGCAGCCACAGAAACUUUGGACAGCGUGCUCAGCGAGCUCUACGAGGAGCUGGGCAGCCUUCCGCAGUGCUUGGGCACGAUAGUCAUCCGCUUCACAGUGUCUGGGGAGACAGGACAAGUCUCCAACCUUAGGUGUCUGACGGACACUUUAGUGCACGUCCCUACGGACCCUGACCCGGAUGGUUUGAGCGUGAGGGACCAGGUUUUUGAUGCAAUACACCACCACAUCAGCCAACGAGCGGAGUUCCCUCCCUGCCAACAAGGAGACACUUCGAUCACGUUGCCGUUUGUGUUCCAGUAGCCGGCAUGCGCCAUGCAAUGCGCUGGUAGAAUGGAUUGCCAAAGAGUCAAUUGACGGGGAAGGCAGAGUACAAUAGGUCAAUAAGGAAGGUUCUGUUAUGGGCGGCAGAGUAGUGCUUUGCUCUUAGUCACAGCUCGCGUUUGCUCUCAUAUGAUUUGCAUGCAUGCAAAUCCGCAGCGUACACUCACAUAUAAUUCUGAGACCCUUUAUUCCACUUCUCUUUCCGCUCAUGCAGUACUUUUGUGGAGACCUCUAGAGGGUGAUUUCUUGAAGAGUGCAAUGCUGACACAAAUGCAGACUUAAUUUAAUUAUUUUGCAUGCGUAUCACCGCAUGCAGUGCUGGUCGCAUGCCAGUUAUGUACAAUCUAUUUUCUACUAAUCUCCUCUAUCAGUAAGAAAAUGUACCAAGUAAAUCUUAUCACAAAGCAGUGCAGGACCAUUCUGACAUACACUUACACCUACUCUGACACAACCCCUUACACCAGACUAAUGUCCUUCUCAUCAUAUGAUGUGCACCCGCUGAUUAAGGCAAUGAAAAUACAAGUUAAUAUGCAUCAGAUGUACAUUUAUUACCCCUACGCGCUGACUAGGCAUCCGGUGGGACACCCAGCUGGCGUGCCAGGUGGCGAGUGUCGGCGUCCAGAGUGGCGAUGUUCCCUUCCACCGAUUCCAUGCGCGCCUCCAGCCCCUCCAACGCUGCCAGCAGCGGCCGGCAUGCCUCCCUCUUCCGCUGAAUCUCCUGCAUGAGGGGUUGCCAGUUGGCGAGCUCCUGCUGCAUGUGCAGGAACUCCGCGCGAGACACGGUGUUCACGCCAAACAGCAGCUCGUAGUUUGCAACCGCCCCGUCCAGCUCAGCGCUCACUGCGCCCGCCAUGUCAUCCACCAGCCGCUCAGCCUGCGCAUGCAGCUUUGCUCUCCUGGCCGCAGCUCGGUCGGCUGCACAGCUAGACGCCGCCUCUGAUUCCUGUAAAGGCAUAGAGGGACCUGGACGCACGUCCAACGGCGUUCCUGAUCCAGACGCCUCAGCUGCUGAACUUUCCGGAAGGUGCUUGCCAGCUUCCGGCCGGCCUCCUGUUGGCGCACCGCUGCCGGGUAAUAUGUCACCUUGAGAUUUGCCCUCAGGAUCCGCAGAGAUUUGCACAGAGUCUGCUGCUUGUGUGGCUGUGGUAGCUGUGUCUAAUAAUGCUGCUGCUUCAGCGGGCUGCGCUGAAGUUUCUUGCGGCGCGGAUGAGUCAUGGCCAGGUGGUGCUGAGGAGGCGGAGGUUGCCAAACCGGGCCGGGGCAUCCAUGCAGGCAGCGCCAGACUUGGCAGCGACACGGCUGGCAUGGUGACUGAUGGCAGCCAUCCUGUCAGGCCAUAAGAGGUGCCCGUCUCCGGGGUUGUCCCUUCCUCGGGUUUUUUUCCUGCGCGCACUUCUUCUGGCGGAGGCAGGGGGGUGUCUGAAGCAGCGCCCUGCUCCACAAAGGCCUCCAUUAUGCGUUGGAUGGCGGCUGAGUCCGGGGGAGUUCCCUCCAGAGCCGCCCUGCU